CGAGAUACCUGAGUGCACUAAAGUACUUGUACCACAUGCUAUGAAUGAUUGUACUUAAUUGGGCGUGAGUGUUAGGGGGUGUUUUUAAAGAUAAUUUACUUAAAUGAUUGUAAAUAUAAAAAAAGGGCUUUGAAAGCUUUUCAAGUUACACAGGGUGUUGUUUGGCUGUCGUUUUUUCUCUGCGCUAUGAAAACGGAGCUCGGAUAUCCAGAUUUAGGGUUUUAACGGGUCAGAACUCGGAGCUCCAAAGCUCCAAAACUCCAUAGCCCAAAAGCUAGAGAGAGAGAGAGAGAGAGGUAGAUUGGAAAUCCAUGGUGGUGUGGUUUGGUUCUGGUUCUGGUUCAUGCACGUGAAGCACUGGCAUUGGCUUGCGGAAAUAGAAAGCGAAAAGAGGAAGAGUGAGAGCGAAAGAAGAUAAUGGAGACGGAGGAUGAUAUGGAGGUUGAGCAUGUCUUCGUGGCUUAUGAAAUCGACGUUGAUUACGAGUAUGAUGCGGCGAGAUACUUUGAUUUUUCAAGGGAAGAGACUGAAGCUGAAGCUCGAGAGGCUGAGUGUUGGUUUGAAACCGCUAUAAGCUAUCCACCUUCUCCUUUUGUAGCGAAGUUGUUUCUGAGGGAGGAUGUUCUACUGGAAAACGUAAACACCUCUCCGAAGCCUAAAAACAUUGAGAGUACGACUUCUUCUGUCGAUGGUGACUGUAAUUUAGGUGUGGGCCAAGAAUUUUAUGCAAUGGAUGUAACUAAUAGAGAUUGUGGAGGAACGGAAAGAGGGAUCUUUGGUAAUUUGCAAAAAGUUCUUAAUCAACCAUAUGGAUUAACUACAGGAUUGACAUUCUACAAUUACCUAACCAGUAACAAGCCAAAAGGUAAGGUUAACUCUUCUGUCAAACCAUCAUUUGUCAAGACCUCAACUUUGAUGAAGCCAACAGCAUGUCAGCUGGCCAAACAAAAUCAAGCCCCUCAAGUUGGUUCUAGAUUUCAGAUGUUAUCAGCUCAAAACAAGGAGAAGAGUUUAUGUAGUUCUUCUGGUGUUGAAAGUCAAGCUCCCAAGAGGCAAAAGCUAGAGGGAGGUCACUUGCGUAAGGACACUGAUGUGAAGCAGCAAGCUAACUUAGUACACAAGGUGCCAAAAAAGGAUGGAACCAUUGAUAAAAAUACUGCACAUUCCAAGUUGAAGCUUACUAUACCUAGAGAACCUGACCUUGAAACAGCACAUCGGGCACAGCGGAUUAGGUCUAAGAAUGGUGCAGAACCAGGACAAGUGAUACUAACUACUCAUAGAUUCAAAGCACGACCAUUUAAUAGAAAAAUUUUCGAGGCCCCUUCUCUGCCACUACCAAAAAGGAGUGCUCCGAAGUUGCCAGAAUUCCAAGAAUUUCACUUAAAGACAUCGGAGAGGGCUAUGCAGAAUGCAUCUACUGUUUCAUCAUCAUCACAGCACUGCAAAGAGUCUGAGAAGGGGCUGGAAAAAUCUAGUUCUAUUGUUGCAGAAAAUGGAAAGAGAGAUUCUAAAAGACCAAAUGUCAUGGAAGCUCCAAAGCAAGAUGGAGGAGAUGUCAUACACCAAUUUAAAGCUCGUCCGCUUAAUAAGAAGAUAUUUUCUAGUAAAAGAGAUAUUGGUGUUUUCCGAAACAGCAAGCGCGAAACCACAGUACCAAUGGAAUUUAAUUUUCAUACAGGAAAGAGAACUCAGCAUAAUCCACCAACAGAUCUUUUCAGUAAGCUCUCUCUAACAACUGAACUCCAGCCAAAUAAUGGAUCUCAGUUGAAAAUGCAUCAGCGUUCGUCUAUAACUGUAAAGGGCCCAAAAGAAAAUAGAUUGAAUUCUUUCCUGCCAGAACAUAAGAUUACAGAUUUAGUGAAAGAAAAUCCUCCUGUCUUUGGUGGAAAGCAAAUCCAAUUUGGGAGUGAUGGGUCCCUUGCAGAUGUUGGUCACAAAUUGCACAUAAGGAGUUUGGGCAUCCGCUGAGGUUGAAAGAGGGCAAUAUUUUUUGAUUGGCUUUCUAAAUGGGCAUGCUAAAUGGAAGAUAAAUGCAAAUAUAUAUGGCAUUGGCUAUCAGAGAGCAACUUAUCAAAGAUUGUCAAGCUCUCUCGCUGUAUAUGCAUCGACAGCAGUCCAGGUUAUUAUCCUUGGGCUAAGUCAUCACAAAUUUACUUUUGACAUUCCCAAAAUUUGUAGGUGUUCAGAUUCAAUAAUAUGUUGAAAGGCCGGUGUUGUACAGCCACUAGGGCCACUUACCCUCAUAGCAUCUUCUUUCAGUCAGCCACUAAUACAUGUAAUGAUUCAGAAGUUGAGGAAUAUACAUAUGCAAACAGUAUGUUCCACUUUGUUAUAAUACAUGCCGUGGAACUUGUUCAGUCU